CACUCAUUUCCUACAGGCUGGGUCUUUCUUCCUUACUGGAAAAGGACACUUGAGAGAGAGAGAGAGAGAGAAUUAAAGGGGUUUUCUCUUCUCACUUCUUCAGCAAUGCCAGCCUAGAAGUGCAGCCCCGAUAUGGAACUGAGGUGGCUGUUUUGUUGUCCUUUCUGAACUUUGGUGGAAGAACCAUCACCAGGCAUUUGCUCGCCUUUCUACUGCCGGUCACCUCUGCGCCUCACAAAAAAGGAGAAGUUGCUGAGAAGUUUUUUUGGGUUUUUUUGUUUUUUUAAAGUUUCUUUUUUGGGAGGAGUGGCGGGGGGGACCAUGACAGAAGAAAUCAAAGGGAAAGGAGAGAGCGGGAAAGACCUGGAGAAGCAGCUGCGCCUCAGGGUGUGCGUUUUAAAUGAACUACUGAAGACGGAGCGUGACUAUGUGGGCACUUUGGAGUUUUUGGUGUCGGCAUUCCUUCAUAGAAUAAUGCAAUGGGCUGCUUCCAAAGUUGAAAAAAAUGUUACAGAAGAAACAGUUAAGAUGUUGUUCUCAAAUAUUGAAGAUAUUCUUGAAGUGCACAAGGAUUUCCUGUCCAGUAUUGAGAAGUGUCUACACCCUGAACCUAAUGCUCAGCAAGAAGUGGGAACCUGCUUUCUUCACUUUAAAGAAAGAUUCCGUAUCUACGAUGAAUACUGUAGUAACCAUGAGAAGGCUCAGAAACUUUUGCUUGAACUUAAUAAAAUAAGAACAGUGCGGACAUUUCUACUGAACUGUAUGCUGCUAGGAGGACGCAAGAAUACUGAUGUACCACUUGAAGGUUACAUAGUAACACCAAUCCAGAGAAUAUGCAAGUAUCCUCUUCUUUUGAAGGAGUUGCUAAAGCGCACUCCCAAAAAACACAGUGACUAUUCUGCCUUAAUGGAAGCUCUCCAAGCCAUGAAAGCUGUCUGCUCCAACAUAAAUGAGGCCAAGAGACAGAUGGAAAAAUUAGAGGUUUUAGAAGAAUGGCAGUCUCACAUUGAAGGAUGGGAGGGAUCUAACAUCACAGACACAUGCACAGAAAUGCUGAUGUAUGGAGUUUUGUUGAAAAUCUCUGCAGGAAAUAUUCAGGAAAGAGUGUUUUUCCUUUUUGACAAUCUUUUGGUCUACUGCAAAAGAAAGCAUAGACGACUGAAGAACAGCAAAGCAUCUACAGAUGGACAUAGGUAUCUUUUCCGGGGCAGAAUAAACACCGAGGUGAUGGAGGUAGAGAAUGUAGAUGAUGGUACAGCUGACUAUCACAGCAGUGGCCACAUAGUUAUUAGUGGCUGGAAGAUACACAACACAGCAAAGAACAAAUGGUUUGUGUGUAUGGCCAAAACACCUGAAGAAAAGCAGGAAUGGCUGGAAGCUAUUCUGAAAGAGAGAGAGAGAAGAAAAGGACUAAAACUAGGCAUGGAACAAGAUACUUGGAUGAUGAUCUCUGAACAAGGAGAGAAACUUUACAAAAUGAUGUGCAGACAAGGGAACCUGAUCAAAGACCGAAAAAGAAAAUUAACUACUUUCCCCAAAUGCUUCUUCGGAAGUGAGUUUGUGUCCUGGUUGUUAGAAACUGGAGAGAUACACAGACCUGAAGAAGGUGUUCAUCUUGGUCAGGCUUUGCUGGAGAAUGGCAUUAUCCAUCAUGUUACUGAUAAGCAUCAAUUCAAACCUGAACACAUGCUGUACAGAUUCCGUUAUGAUGACGGCACAUACUACCCAAGAAGUGAAAUGCAGGAUGUAAUUUCCAAGGGCGUAAGACUGUAUUGUCGUUUGCACAGUCUGUUUACUCCUGUAGUAAGAGACAAGGAUUACCAUCUAAGAACCUACAAAUCUGUGGUCAUGGCUAAUAAACUGAUAGACUGGCUAAUUGCACAGGGGGAUUGCAGGACAAGAGAAGAAGCUAUGAUCUUUGGAAUAGCACUUUGUGACAAUGGAUUUAUGCAUCAUGUACUGGAAAAAAGUGAGUUCAAAGAUGAACCACUUCUUUUUCGCUUUUUUGCGGAUGAGGAAAUGGAAGGCUCAAACAUGAAGCACAGGCUCAUGAAACAUGACUUAAAAGUAGUGGAAAAUGUUAUAGCCAAAUCACUGCUGAUUAAAUCCACUGAAGGAAGCUAUGGUUUUGGCUUAGAAGACAAAAACAAAUUACCAAUAAUUAAAAUAGUGGAAAAGGGAUCAAAUGCUGAGAUGGCAGGUCUGGAAGUUGGGAAAAAGAUCUUUGCCAUUAAUGGUGACCUAGUUUUUCGGAGACCCUUCAAUGAAGUGGAUAGCUUUCUGAAAGCAUGUUUAAGUGACAGAAAGCCCCUCAGGGUACUUGUGAGCACAAAACCCAGGGAGACAGUAAAGAUCCCAGAUUCUGUGGAUGGUCUUGGAUUCCAAAUACGAGGCUUUGGCCCCUCUGUUGUCCAUGCUGUUGGAAGAGGAACUGUUGCAGCUGCUGCGGGCCUCCACCCUGGACAGUGUAUAAUAAAAGUGAAUGGAAUUAAUGUCAGUAAAGAAACCCAUGCAAGUGUCAUUGCCCAUGUCACAGCCUGCAGGAAAUACAGACGUCCAAUGCAUCAAGAUUCUAUUCAGUGGGUAUAUAACAAUAUUGAGAGUGCCCAGGAAGAUCUCCAGAAAACAAACUCCAAACCCUUGGGGGAUGAUGGUGGAGAUGCAUUUGACUGCAAAGUAGAAGAAGUGAUUGACAAAUUUAAUACUAUGGCAAUAAUUGAUGGUCAGAAGGAUCAUGUCAGUCUGACAGUUGAUAACGUUCAUCUGGAGUAUGGUGUGGUUUACGAAUAUGACAGUACUGCUGGAAUCAAAUGCCAUGUUCUGGAGAAGAUGAUUGAACCAAAGGGCUUUUUCAGCUUGACUGCAAAGGUCCUUGAAGCGUUAGCAAAAAGUGAUGAACACUUUGUGCAGAACUGUAGAAGCCUAAAUAGUUUAAAUGAAGUGAUCUCCACUGACCUUCAAAGUAAAUUUAGUGCCAUUUGUGGUGAGAAAAUGGAGCACAUCUGCAGAAGAAUCACUAGUUACAAAAAGUUUUCACGGGUCUUAAAAAAUCGAGCUUGGCCUACCUUUAAGCAAGCAAAAUCAAAGAUCUCACCAUUGCACAGCAGUGAUUUUUGUCCAACUAACUGUCAUAUCAAUGUGAUGGAAGUCUCAUAUCCUAAAACCUCAGCAUCACUUGGCAGUGCCUUUGGAGUUCAACUAGACAGCAGAAAACAUUCUUCACAUGAAAAAGAGAACAAACACACUGACCAAGCUAAACUGAAUCCCAUGGUUUAUAUACAACACACAAUUACUACCAUGGCAGCUCCAUCAGGACACCCCUUAGGUCAACAGGAUGGCCAUGGUUUGAGAUACCUGUUAAAAGAAGAGGAUCUGGAAACACAAGAUGUCUAUCAGAAACUGUUAUGCAAAUUGCAAGCUGCACUGAAAGAGGUGGAAAACUGUGUUUCUCAAAUAGAUGACCUUCUUUCUUCAAUAACGUAUUCUCCAAGAUCAGAACGUAAAACACCUGAGCCAUUAGCACUAACAGACAGUGAUAAUGACAAAGGUGAACGAAAUGGGAAAAAGGUUUGUUUCAACGUAGCAGGUGAUGAGCAGGAAGAUUCUGGUCACGACACUAUUAGCAAUCGAGAUUCAUAUAGUGAUUGUAAUAGCAACAGGAAUUCCAUUGCUUCAUUUACCAGUAUUUGCAGUAGCCAAUGCAGUUCCUACUUUCAUAGUGAUGAAAUGGAUUCAGGUGAUGAACUCCCUCUAAGUAUACACAUCUCUCAUGACAAACAAGAUAAACUUCAUAGUUGUUUGGAACAUCUUUUUGGUCAGGUAGACUCAAUUAUUAAUCUUCUGAAAGGACCAGCUGUAGCCAGAGCUUUUGAGCAGACGAAGUUCUUCACUCCAGCUCGAAGCUUGCAAGAAUUUCAGCAGGAAAUUGAACCUAAACUCAGCUGUCCAAAGAGACUGAGACUUCACAUCAAGCAAGACCCUUGGAAUCUUCCCAGCAGUGUCCAAAAUCUUGCACAAAACAUCCGAAAAUUUGUUGAAGAGGUGAAAGCAAGGAUCCUUUGGGCACUCCUUGAAUAUUCAGAUAGUGAGAUACAGCUCAGGCGAGACAUGGUCUUCUGCCAGAGUCUAGUGGCCACUGUUUGUGCUUUUUCAGAGCAACUAAUGGCUGCCUUAAAUCAGAUGUUUGACAGUAGCAAGGAGUGUGAAAUGGAAACCCAAGAGGCUAGCAGAAGGUGGCUGGAACAGAUAUCCAAUGCAGGUGUCCUCCUUCACAUCCAGUCAUUGUUGUCACCUAACCUGACUGAUGAACAAGCUAUGCUAGAAGACACAUUGGUUGCAUUGUUUGACCUGGAAAAAGUAACAUUUUACUUUAAACAAUCUGAACAAGAGCCUCUGAUUGCAAAUAUGCCAAUUACAUAUCAAGCAGAAGGAAGUCGGCAAGCCUUGAAAAUUUACUUUCAUCUUGAUGAUUCCAACUUUGAACAGCUUCCUCAAAGGCUGAAGAAUGGUGGUGGUUUCAAAAUUUACCCAGUCCUCUUUGCACAAGCCCUGGAAAGCAUGGAAGGCUACUAUUAUAGAGACAAUGUGUCAGUAGAAGAAUUUCAAGCCCAGAUUAAUGCAGCAUCACUGGAGAAAGUGAAACAGUACAACCAAAAACUCAGGGCAUUUUACCUGGACAAGUCUAGUCUUCCAGCUAAUUCAGCAUCAAAAGCUGCCUACAUAGAUAAGCUGAUGCGACCCAUCAAUUCUCUGGAUGAACUUUAUCGGCUGAUGGUAUCUUUUAUACGAUCCAAGCGUACAGCAACAUGUGCUUACACAGCCUGUAGUGCCUCUGGAGUUGGACUACUGUCAGUUUCAUCCGAACUCUGUAGCAGACUUGGAGCUUGCCACAUAAUCAUGUGCAAUAGUGGUGUUCACCGCUGUACUCUGAGUCUCACUCUGGAGCAGGCCAUAAUUCUCGCUCGGAAUCAUGGGCUACCUCCUCGUUAUAUCCUCCAAGCCACCGAUGUGAUGCGCAAACAAGGAGCAAGAGUACAGAACACUGCCAAGAAUUUAGGAGUCAGGGACCGAACACCACAGGCUGCUCCAAGGUUAUACAAGCUUUGUCAGCCACCACCUCCUGCUGGAGAGGAGUAAAGACUUCUAUAUGAAGAAUGAUCAAAAUACCAGCUUCCAUAACACUGAAAGUAAAACAUGACUGCAAACAUAGUCUUCCGUAGAAUGUGCCUUGAGUACCAAUAGACAGCUUCACUUAGCUCUGGAUUCAAAAAUGUUUCUUAAAUCUGGCUGUGCCAAUGAGGAACAAUUACUUCUGAGGGGACCAAAAAAGAAAAGGAAAAAAGGAUUCCUGAACUUUUUGUUUUGCUUUUUGAGUUUAUAUAUAGAACUCUUACACUGGAAUAAGAUUGCAUUUUAAGUAGUUACCCAGAUAUGUACUGGUAACAACAUGAACACCAAGAUACAAUAGAGAUGGGGGGAAAACACUAUAUUGGGCACUUUCAGAAAGUGAUGUCUUGAUCCCAAGGAAGAUAAAGGAAAAAAUAGUUUCAGGCUGUCAUGCUAGGCUUCUGUAAUUCCUUGCAAACACAAUUCCCCUGUCCCUAGCAUCCAAUCGUAAUUUUGUAAAUUGUAGCUAUACUUGAAAUUAUUUCUGGUGAAGAUGCACCUGUAUACUGGAAGCAGAUUUGAAUACUAAUAGGAAUAGAACAAAUACACAUGAGUUUGUGUUUCUGGUAUAUAGGAAGCUGCCUUAUACAAAGUCAGACUUCUGGUCCAUCUAGCUCAGAAACUUCUACCCAGACUGGCAGCAGUUUCUCCAAGGUUGCAGGCAGGAGUCUCUCUCAGCUCUGUCUUGCAGAUGCCAGAGAGGGAACUUGGAACCUUCUGUAUGCAAGCAUGCAGACGUUCUUCCCAGUGCGGGCCCAUCCCCUAAGGGGAAUACUGUAUCUCUUCCUGCUUCUGUAAACUUACAAAUUGAGAUUUGCUGCUCUCACCUGUAUUGGGAUAUACAGACUGCAAUGUGGGUAAGAUUUUUGGAAUGUUCCUUUACAGAUACUGACAGUAUCAUACAGUAGUAGCAUGCCUCACCUGCUUUUCCACUUUCCAGCUUCAAUGUAAUGUUCAAAAAUAAUCUGAGCAAAAUGGUGAUAUUGCUGUUCAACUUAUUUAGAUUGAGCUUAUGAAAAAAUAUUACGUGUGGGUCAUAACCUGCUUAUGAAUUGCAGAAAUUUUGGAUCUGAGUUGCAUCACUACACUAAAGAAAUUCAGCAUAAGCUGCUUAAUUUUUAGCCUAUUUUCCAGUAGGCUUAUGUGAUCACCUGACAUUCUCUCUGUGUAUGUGUGUUUGUCCAUGUGUCCCCGCUAUCAACUUCACAACACCUGGACCAAUAUGAACCAAAUUGGCUACAGUUGUAGAGACACAUAGGGACACCUGAACAUCCCUUUGUGAUGAUGUCAUCCACCAAAAUCCAAGAUGGCGGAUGCAUAAACUUUUGAGGCGCAAGUGGGCUAACUUGUGAACUGCCUAAACAAUUUGAACCAAAUUUGCUACAGCUGUAGAGACAAAUAUGGAUGCCCAAAUGGCGUGGUGUGUGAUGUCAUCCACUCCAAUUCAAGAUGACAGCCAAGUAAAUUUCUGAGAUGCAAGCAGGCUAAUUUGGGGACUGCCUAACCUAUUUGAACCAAAUUGGGUACAGCUGCAGUGAGUGACACACAGGGACACCUCAAUAGCAUAGUUUGUGAUGAUGUCAUCCACGCCGAUUCAAGAUGGCGGACGUGUAAACCUUUGAGACACAAGUGGGCUAACUUGUGAACUGCUUAAUCGAUUUUAAUCGAACCAAAUUUGUUAUAGCUGUAGGGAUGCCCUAAUGGUGUGUUGUGUGAUGAUGUCAUUCACUCCAAUUCAAGAUGGUGGUCACAUGAACAUCUGAAGUGUAAGUGGGCUAAUUUGUGGACUGCCUAACCUAUUUGAACCAAAUUGGGUACAGUUGCAGUGAGUGACACACAGGGACACCUCAGUGGCAUAGCUUGUGAUGAUGUCAUCCAUGCUGAUUCAGGAUGGUGGAUGCAUAAACUUUUGAGGCGCAAGUGGGCUGACUUGUGAACUGCUUGACUGAUUUGAACCAAAUUUGCUGCAGUUGUGGGGGCACACAGGGACACCUCAAUGGUGUAGUUUGUGAUGAUGUCAUUUACCCCAGUCCAAGAUGGUGGACUGUGGACUAAUGUGUGGACUUUCUAACUGAUUUGAACCAAAUUUGCUACAGCUCUAGGGAUACAUAGGGACACCUCAAUAGCAAAGAUUGUGACCAUGUCAUCCACCCCAAUUCAAGAUGUUGGACACAUAAACUUUUGUGGUGCAAGUGCACUAACUUGAGGACUGUCUAACCGAUUUGAACCAAAUUUGGAAUAGCUGUAGUGAGUGACACACAGGGACACCUCAAUGGUGCAGUUUGUAAUGAUGUAAUGAUGACAUCCACCCUGUUCCAAGAUGGCGGACACAUGAACAUUUGAGGCACAAGAGAUCUAACUUGUGGACCUCGAUUUGUACCAAAUUUAGUCCAGAUGUAGAGACAGUGAAAGGAAUGUAGACUGAUUAGUUCUUACUAGAACAACUUGUUCAAAUUCAGAUCAGGAAGCAGAAGUUACAGGUGGACCAUGACGAGAAAAAAUGCUAUUAGUUAGUUCCUUUAAUAAGUAGAUAAGGAAUUACUGACGAGAAUGCUUGUUGUUAUCAUGAACUCUUUGUGCCAUAAAAAGUUCUUGAUGAUGCUGAAUUUGUAGGAAACUCAACUAAGAAAUGUAUUCUUAUACAUUUUUACAGUUCACUGUUAAAUCACAGAUAAAUAUUCUGAAGUAUGUUUAUGAGAGAAUAUAGAUUUUUACUUUUUACAAGCCCUUCUGACUCUUGGGUUGGUAGUUCAAUGGUCUGGAAUCUUUCUUUGGAUUGCCUGGAAAAAGAAGCCAUUUUAGCUUUAAAUCGUAAAAUUAUGUUGUAUUAGGAUCUUAAAGUUGAAACAUAAUUUUGAAAAAUAAUAUUUUCUUCUAGCAUACUCCAAUUUACUCCAGAAAUCAAAUCAAAUUUAUUUUGGUCACAAACAACCAUGAACCAUACUAAAUAAGAAAACAAAAUAUACACAGUGAAAUAUACAAAAUGUACAAUAAAAUAUGCAAAAAGCCCAUCUAGCAGUCCAGAGAAAAAAAUCAACAGCUUUUGCCAGAUAGCAGAACAAACAGUCAAAGAAAGAAACAAACAACAUAAAAUUAAUCUGGCAGGCCACUGUCAGAAACAAGAUGUUGAACCCUUGUCUGAUCUAGUGAGACACUGGCUAGCAUCCAGAGUGAUGGACCGCUUGUGGGAGGACAUUGCACUAGCUAGAUGUGCUAAGUCUAGAAUGCAAGCUCCAGACCACUGCUGCGUUAACCCAAGUAUGUUUGUGGUUGCACAACAGUUGUGCAAUUGUGGCAUGCCUCAUUUGUUUUAAAGGGAACUUUUGCGCCAUAGCACUAUUGCAUAAAUCUCUGUUUUUAAGCUCAGCUAAACUGAGUUCUUGUGGUGGCACAAAUUUGUUUGUUUUGCAAGUGCUCCAUUGCUCUGGAUGUCACAGCAGCUUCUAUUCUAAAUCGAAUACAUUACACAAGAAUUGUUUCAUUGUGGUUGAUGAGAAUACAUAAUGAGAAAUAUAUUGCUGUUCUACAGGAUAAAACAGUAGUUGUAAACCAGAUGGAAAUGGAUACCAAAUUCAGAAUAUCUAUUUCAACUGAAGAGUUUUGCUGUAUAAAGAUGGUGAACGUAAUUGCUUCGAGUUCUGAAUAUAAGCCUUGCUCUAGCUUUAUUAGUGCAUAACUAGUGCCCAUGAAUGGUGAUGUGGAUUCAUAUCCUGAUGGGAAUCAACAUAAUGUGUAUAGAGGUCUCCUUCCAAGAGCAGAUCUCCCUGGCUGAACUGGUGCGAUAUGCUAUAUAUUGCAACUACUUCUGGAAUAUGUAGCAUGCAUAAUUCACUCUUCAAAUUGUGACUGUCCCCUGUAUUAUAUCCCUUUCAAAAUCUUGAACUUUGGUUAUGUUUAAAUGUACCUAGUGUAUACAUUAAAGAUAUUUAGGUUAUAAAACCUAAACACAAUUUCAAAUUGUUCACGGCAUGAUCAUAUUAAGUGUCACUUUUCAUAAUUGGCAAGAUGUGAUAUUUUCAUGCUGGAAAUGCUGCUUGCCCAGAACUGAAAUGCUGCCUUCUUGGAUAGCAUGAUGAUUGCUAUCACAGUUCAAAAGCACAAUUUAGUAGACUUCGAAUAGUGCCUGGACAAAUUUCUGUUUAACAACUCAUAUUCAAUAUUGUUGACUGUGGGUGUAUCAUUACUAUUAUACUGUCCUGUAUUUUCAUAAUGUGUAUAUAUACCUACAAAUUAUAAAAGGAUAUAAUGGCACUUUUUACUCUGUAAUCAUGUAUAUAGUGUAAGUAGUCCAGUAAAUGUAUGUGCUUUUUGAUAAAAAAUGCAGUUAAGGAUUUCCCCCCUCCCCCAUUUUUAGAGUAUUAGAUUUUGCAGAGGGAGAAUAUAUUUUUGUAAUUACUCAUCAAGUCUAGAAUAUUUCUGCUUUAAAUAUUUAGCUGUAUCUAUAUAUGUAAAGACAUCUAGAGUAUAUUGGCAGUUUCUUCUCAAUCUCUUGUCCUAGUAGCCAUAUAGUUCAACUUUUGUUAUAAGUAACAUUGGUAAAUUAAAAUGAAAUCUUUAAGUAUGAUAUCGAAUCAAAUUAUUUUUCUAUAUAGUGUAUGUGUAUCUGUUACAGCACUACUUACCAUUUAAUACAGUCUAUUUUUAUUAGAUAUCUGCAUAUUUUAAAGUAUAAAAAAUGGAACAGUACCAAACAGUAAUAAACUUUUUCAUAUGUU